GAAUGAAUUUUUUAUUAAAUAAUUCAGUUUUACACAGACAAGGCUGACUCAGUAACAAAAGCAGCAAAGGCUAAAACAACGUUUCCUCGAGGGAUAUAUUUUUGGUAAUGACAAGAACUCACAUAUGAGCUGCUUUAAAUAGGAAUUACACACAAGCCGUCGCGUCAUACAUCAUCAUGCGGUGAGAUUCGGUUGAUUUUGGCUGAUCCUGGGUCGGGUGGGUCCUCGUGGUCCUUGACCCUCCUCUGCAUAAGGAAAACCGAUGAGAUCCAAUCACCUCCUCCUCUUCAAACUGUGAGCUCACCUCCCAAUUUCCGAUUGGAUUGCUAUAUUUAGGAAACCACCCAGCGCUUUAUAAAGAGAUCGCAGCGCUGCUGGUAAAGGUUCUGGAGUUAGAAAAAGGGAUCGGCUUGCCGGACAGGUCUGGUCAGUGUUAUUCAGAGUUUAUAAGAGCAGAGAGAAGCGGUGAGUCUGUGUUUUCGAUGCGACAUAUGAGAGAGAGCUAGGAGAGGCAGAGAUGGCAGACAUACGAAAGAAACUUGUGGUGGUGGGAGACGGCGCAUGUGGGAAGACAUGUCUACUGAUCGUGUUCAGCAAAGACGAGUUCCCGGAGGUGUACGUGCCCACCGUGUUUGAGACGUACGUGGCGGACAUAGAGGUGGAAAACAAACAAGUUCAGCUGGCUCUGUGGGACACGGCCGGGCAGGAGGACUACGACCGGCUGCGCCCACUCUCCUAUCCGGACACCGACGUGAUCCUGAUGUGCUUCUCCGUGGACAGCCCGGACUCGCUGGAAAACAUCCCCGAAAAGUGGGUCCCCGAGGUAAAGCACUUUUGCCCGAAUGUGCCCAUCAUACUGGUGGCCAACAAGAAGGAUCUGCGCAAUGACGAGAACGUGAAGAACGAGUUGUCUCGGCUGAAGCUGGAGCCAGUGAAGGCGGAGGACGGCCGCGCCAUGGCCAUGCGCAUUGGCGCAUAUGACUAUUUGGAGUGCUCCGCUAAAACCAAGGAGGGGAUCUGGGAAGUGUUCGAAACGGCGACACGGGCAGCCUUACAGAAACCAACGACACCAUCAAGUGGUUGUCUCAAAUGCUGCGUACUGAUGUGAGGUCGCUGAUGACGCGCAGACGAGACGUUUCCUCCGCCGGCCGCUGCGUCUGAACAUGUGCGGGCAGUGGACGCUCCUCUCUGGACGCCCCCUCUGUGGUCAGACGCCCUCGGCUGAAGCAAAACGAAUGACUGUAAACAAGUUGUUCUGAACGCACUCUGGAAAUCAUCUGAUAUCGAGUGUGUUUGUGUGUGUGCGUGUGUGUGUGAAAUGCACUGGUUACAGCAUGUUCUUUGUGGGUCACGUGAUCCCAGUCUGACUUGCAGAGGGGUAAAAGGACAAAUCACAUUCAUUUCAAUGGAAGGACUUUUUUUUUUAACCCCCCUCUCAUGCCUUUCCAAAGGCCUGCUUGCAAGCCAAGAUUUAUAUUGCUCACUGUUUUUUGUGUUUCAAAGUGUUUGCAUAGGCCACUGCCUUACUGCCAAGGUUAUACUUUGUAAUAAUAAGCAAAGCAGAACAAUUGCACUGUUAUUUAUGUCCACUUUGUAUUAUAACACUUAGUUUGUGAGAUUGCACAGCAUCUGUACACUACGGUAAUUUACAGAAAGUUUUAUAAAGCCCACAGUGUUCUGUAAAGUUUCGUUUGAUGUGUGAAGCUACACUUAAGUUUACGGUUCAUAGAGUCGGCUGUCUCAGGUUUGUUAGUCGGAGCCAAACCCAAAAAAGUAUGUUUCUGAUUCCUCAGUAUUUAAUGCCUGAUUUUUUAUAGCUGUUAUGCAAAAGGCCAAAUUUCACCCCACGUUUAGGAGACGACACGUUGGCCAAUCCUGGAAAAGGGCUAAACAUGUUAAGAUCUGCAAACUUUCAGGCAGAUGUUCUUUUACAGUGGACAGUUUGCGAAGCAUGUUUGUACCCCAUGUUUUAUGCUCGGCUGUGGCCAUAUUAACUAAUCGAAUGUGUAAAUAGUGCAGCCAGACGAUACCUUUUCUUUCUCCUCACAGCUCACCUGAACCAAAUCAUUUGAAGCACACACAGUAAUGCAGUCCACGUUUAGCUGUUACAGAGACUGAUGUGACUCAUCUGUCUCGGGCCUGCUGGACAUUUUCUGUUUAAGCCACGGCUUCGUUUGCAGUUAUGUGGGUGAUACUUCUAACGGGAGAUUAGGCAUGUGAGAUGGUUUGGCAUGUGAGUCCUUUGCUCCGUGAAGCGUGUUUUCUCAGAAAGUGUCAUGAAACUGCUGCUGAUGAGCCUAUAGCACACGCUCAUGUGGGAUGAAGCCAUCUGAUGGCAACUAAACACUUCAAUGGAAGUUUAUCGUGCUACGUUACGAUCAGCACAAUUUUACUAAACUAUAUGUGAAGUCGUAAUGAUUUAUCGAGCUGCAAUAAGCAGUUAAACUGAAUUACGAUUAGUUGAGAAACACUAAAUGCUAAUUUUCCACUUCAAUGUCUUCCAUGAUGACGAUGAAUGUACCUCAAAUUUAUGUGGUCAAAAAACAAUUAUUGGCAACAGAAAUUGAUUAAAUCAAGUUUCGUACUUUUGAAAAUAAUUCACUUCAAGUGUGAUGUGUGUCUGCACAGCAGUGUUGUGUAACUGUCCUCUUGCAUGAUGGUGGGAGUGCUUGUUCAAAUGACAGCUAUGAACAUCAAUUACAGAGACUGUUGCUACACUGGGGAUCCUGGCUAAAACCCCGGCGGAUUUACUGUGCGACUUGUUCUUUUAAUGGAUAGCGGGGACAAAAAAAAAAAAAAAAGGAACGAUUUUACUUUAAACAUGUAACGUUUCUGUGGUUCAAUGAGAAACCACAGCAUAGACGCAUGUGAGUAUAAAAGAGUGUAUCUUUUAUAAAUAAAAGCAGAGUUACGACGGUGUAAAAGUCACAUUCCUCCCUGCCUUCUGUUGCUGGGCUUUUUGCUGACUUACGGGACAGGAAUGCAUUGUGCUGGACUGGUUAAUUUUCCCACACUGGCCCCCCUCAUGUGCCUCUGAAUUACAAUGUUGUUGGGUUAUUAUUCACUGAUCAGACAGUGCAGUUUUCAUCUUCUUUAUUUGACUAAAACAUGGAGAAGAAGAAAAAGAAAAACUGUUGAAAUGUGCCAAACUUAUCUCUUUGUAAGAGUUCAGCGAGUCAUGGCGACAUAAACUGCAUAGCACUCUAUACGGUGAAACAAUGGAAAUUUUGUUAGGAAAAACAAUACAGAAUGUAAGGGAACAAAUGGUACUGUUCUGGGAAAGUCAAUAAAACAAAUCAAUGUGUGUCACCAUC